AUGAGUGCCCGGACAACUCGAACUCGUAAGAUCAAGGAAUCAGAGACCGGCCCAGCGGUCAGCAGAGGCGGCAGUGGUUCAAGUUCUGCCACAGAAAACAACGAUAGUAUUGACCAAGGAACAACCAUGGCUGAGAGGGCCCAGCAGCAGAGCUCUGUUGAGUCUCAGGAAAACAGCUCCCUGAGCUCUACUGGCUCAACGAGGCCGACAUCUCCGGUGCAAGCAACACGCAUUUGGGAAUUGGCAGCCCAUAGUUCUGUAUGCUGUGAAAAAAGCGCUGCCGGGAAAGCCAUCCAUAUCAUUCUUUCCAGAAAUCCACUGAAUCUCCAGCCCUCGAGACCUGUAGCGGAUUGGACUCGAUCAAUCCAUACAGCUCUUGCAGAGAGCCAACCGAUAAUGCCUUUUCAGCAAAUGUAUAAACCUCUAAGUCAGGAAGAGGUGGGCUACAUCCGGAAGAGGCUGGAAGAAUAUACGAGACGGCAUAUUCAUAAAUUAGAUGGCUUUGACUGUGCAGUAAUCCUCGCGGACGCCAAGACCCUAUUUUCGUAUAUUGCGCUCCUGGAGUCAACGAUCAAAACCCAUCAGACCGAGCCACAAUCCAAGAAGAGAACCAUGCAACCCACUGGGGCUGCAGGCCAAGAAUGUGGAAAGAGGCGGCGACGACAUUAG